AUGUCUCAAAUAAGGCUUCACUAUUUCGAUGUCUUCGGUAGAGGAGAAACCUCAAGAAUUAUUCUGAAAUAUUUAGGUCUUGAAUUCGAGGACGUAAGAUAUACUCAUGAGACUUGGAAUGAAACCAAAACUUCAGGUAUUGCAGAAUUCUUCCAAUUGCCUUUACUUCAAAUUGAUGGCCACAAUUUAGUUCAAUCCAGAGCUAUUGAAAAGUACUUACUCAGAAGAGCUGGACUUAUUUCAAACGAUCUUCUUGCUAACUAUCAAUCAGAGUCUCUUGUUGGGUACAUCGAUGAUAUCGUCAAUAUCAUCAUCAAAUUCAUGAUUAUUGAUAAAGAUAUGGAAGGACUUUUGAAAUGGGUACAAGAGCAGCUUCCAGAGAGGCUUAAAAUUAUCGAAAAAAGACUAAAUGAAAGCAACACACACUUUGUUGGUGAUUCGAUAAGCCAUGCAGAUUUUGUCGUUUUCGAAUUCAUUUAUGACGGAUAUUUAAGACCUCAAAGGGUUGCCACAGCAAGACCUCUUCUUGAAGCCCAUUCUCCUAGGCUUAUUCAAUUUGCAGAGAAUUUUAAAAGUCACCCUAGCUUGGCAGCCUAUCUUGCAACAAGAGAAGAGAGGGAUCAUUAA